UUUAAAACAGUGGGUGAACUAAUUAAUCUAAUUACCGCUCGUGUGUUGUUCUGGAAAUAUUCUAUGUUGCUGUAGUUUUACUUUGAGCUACACUUGGAUUAUACGAAAUCGUUUUUAUUGUUAUCAUAAGGUCUAUCCUAGGCUAUAAAUAGCUGCGUCGACUCACUGUUUAGUCUGUACCGCGGUCCAGCUGGUUUCAUUAACUUCCGGUUAAAAUUAACUGAUUGGAUUAAUUAAACAAUGGCUGUGAAACUUGGAUGUGGUCGGUGGUUGCUGCUGGCUGUCGUGUUGGUGAUGGCGUGUGUGGUGGUGGCUGAGGAGAUCAAAUGUAAGGGGACGGACGAGACGGUGGUCCCCGACAAACUUCAGGACAGUCAGUACGUCAUUGUCAUGGAGGUAGAAGGGGAGAUCCAGGCUGACCUCUCCAGAAAGGCCAAGGUCUUGUGUAUCUACAAAGGUGAUGACCUCCCUGAAAACAUCCUGAUCUACGACACAGCAACAAAUGUCGGAACCUGCAGUAUACGCAACGCUAAACAGUCUUGGAAAUACUUGGCUUACUUGAGUAAGUCUAACACCACUGGAAGGUACCAGAUGACCUUUGGAACUGACACUGACACUGACCCCGAGAAUACACUCCAAAUCUUUAUUGAUGAACUCACUGAAUGCAGUUUAAAGCUUAGAUUGCCUAAAGAUCGCACCAGCACAUAUGAGUGCCUAGCGCUACCCACCGUUGACACUUGCCUCACUCAGCCCAGCCCCAGCACGUCCCUACCCAGCACGGCAACAUCCACCACAGAGUCGACAACACUAGGUCUAGAGGAAACUGAAGGUGAAAAAAUUGAACCAGUCGCCUCUAUGGACCAGGGGGACAAAAACCAUGGGAACCAGUUGACAGUCCUUGGCGUGCAGAUGGUGUUGGGUGUUGUCUUUCUGCUUGUUGUCUUGUAAUAUGUUUCUGUUACUGGAUCUGGGAUGAAUUAUUUAUAAAUUCUAUUUAUUUCUCCUGUCCACAUCUUUCAACUCCUUUUUCCAAAAACAAAACAAAAAUUCUUUUUGUAACUUUUCUAAAAUGCUAGAUCUCUCUAUUCCACCAAAAUCAUCUUUUUUUCUUAUGAUUUUUUUUUUAUUUCAUAAAAUAACUAGGUCUUACUGGUAAUUGAUUAGUAUUGUUUCUAGACUUUAAAUUGUUAAAUGUAUCAUUUAGAUUAGUUUUUUUUCUAAACUGAAAUUGUUUAAUUAGUAAAUUAUUGUUAUUUAUUGAAUUGAUCAGUAUCAUUCCUGGAGAGUAGUCUUGGAGAUUGAGUUGGCACUAACUAACCAUUCACUUCAUCAAGAGUUGAAGAUAUCACAUCGUUAAUUGCUAGAAAUUGGUGCAACCAGAUGAACAAUGAAUUAGUUGUACCCAAAGAUGGUUAGCGCCAAUGCUGGUUCGACAUUUUUCUUGGACUUUCAACACUAGUGAACCUUUUUGGCAAGCCUGUCAGAAAAGUUAAUCCAACACUAGUGAACCUUUUUGGCAAGCCUGUCAGAAAAGUGAACCAAACACUAGUGAACCUUUUUGGCUAGCCUGUCAGAAAAGUGAACCAAACACUAGUGAACCUUUUUGGCAAGCCUGUCAGAAAAGUGAACCCAACACAAGUGAACCUUUUUGGCAAGCCUGUCAGAAAAGUGAAUCAUUCCUGUGUGCGUGUAUUACAGUAUCAGGAAGUGAAGUAAAGUGCCAUCUAGAGAAUGCCUUCAGUAUGUCCCUGUUGGUAUAUUGUCUGACUAAUUUCUGUCUUAUUGAACUGGAUGACUAUAAUCCCUAUAUAAUUUAACCAGAGAAAUAAUCAUGCAGGAUUGUCCUUCAAAAAUUAUACUUUAAUUUAAAAAACUGAAGUCAUUUUGUUAAAAAAAAUUUCAAUAAUUGUUUCAAAUCUCCUAGCCUUUAUAAACUAUUACAAAUAUUUCUAAAUAGCUAUUUAAUAUAUUUAGAUGUCUAUUAUUGCUUAUGUCUUUUUUAAAUGUUUGUUAAAUAUUAGCUUUACUAAUGGUUAAAAAAUACAAGUAUUUGAGUGUAUAGACAAAAAAGAAGCCAAAACUGGAGAAAUUAAUAUCAAACCUUGUUGUUUUUCAAAAAUGCCAGUUUUUUAACCAAAGUUAAAAAAACUUCAUCGACUGCGACUUUGCUACAAUUCUAAAUUUAUAAAAGCGCCCCAGCCACAAUGUAGUUUGUGUACCUUCAGCUUUUUCUGUGAGACAUUGAAACCUUUACACUUAAAUUCAGAGAGAAAGUCAUUUUCUCGAGAGAGCUUUUUAAACUUGUAAAUGUUGUAGGCUUUUUUGUCACAUUAUGUGCUGUUUUUUUUUAUUGAGAGUUCAAGUGAUGUCUGGACUCAUCUUUUGUUGUGGUUUUUUUAAUUUGUAUUGCUUUUAAUGGUAUUUAGAUUUUUAGUGACUAAAAGCUACCAGAUAUUAGAAUGAUCUAGUUAAGAUUUACUUGAAAACUACCAGAUGUUUGAAUGAACUAACAAUGGUUUAAGUGUUUUAACCCAAAGGUUAAGGUUCUUUAAAGGAAUACUUCUUUUGGCAUGACUUAGUGAAGACCUGUUUCACUAAUGAUUCAUUUUUGUAUGCAUUCCUUUGGUAUAGUAAUUUGGCCUUACGGAUGAGUCUGCAAUUGUAUAAAUUGCUAAGUAAUAUAUGGUUCGUUAAUUCUUAUAUAAUUUAAUCCAUGUAAAAAAAAAAUUUUAAUGCUUUUUAACUGCCUUUAUUAUUUUUUUAAAAAAAGAAUCCCUUUAUUGCAAGCAAUAGUUUAAUAUACAACAUAAAUGUCUAAUUAAUUUUUUUAUGCUAUAUUUUUAAAAGAAAUAGUUUGUGUUGGGAGUUUGGUAUACUGUGUGGUUUUGUUCCGGUAGUUUCUUGCCUUAGUAUUCACACACUGAAUCCAUCAGCAAAAAUGUUAUCUAAUUUAUGAGCAGACUGAGCCAUGUUAAACGCUCUAUUUGCCAACUGAAAGCUAAUGGGUAGUUGUUUACUUUUAUUCUCACACAUUGAAGAUGGGGGAAAACUUAACUCCAAACAAGAUUUCUGGUGUAAAUUUUUGGCAAUUUAUAAAAUAAUGUGAACACUCAAAUUUUUUUUGGUGUUGAAAAUUGUGGUGAGAUGCUGGUUUGACAAAAUAAAAAUAAACUUUUUUUUAAAAACUU